UCUGUAGUGAUAUUUACAGCUGAUUUUAUGGCAGGGGUUUUCAAACUGUGAGAGUUGAAGGGGAGGUGCUGCGGGAGAGACGUGAGGCAAAGAUACACUGUGCGAGAUGAAAGGGACAGGUGUAUGUUGGUGUUCUAAAAACAAAAGGAAGUUAGUUAUUGUAGUUUGACCCGCUGAUUUGUCCCAAUUACCAACAUGGUCGGCAGCAGCUGUGACUCACAUCUCAUUGAAGCAGUUAAGUUACUUUAAAAAUGCCCGAUUGCCACAAUUUACAUCAAGAAUCGUACUUGUCAGAGCCAUAACUCUGAAACUGAUACACACAUUUUUAGAUUCAGUGUGAGGUAUCAGUACCUGCAAUGUCCAUCGUGAAUAAACGUGCAAAGAUACGCUUAGAGAUCAUAGAAAAAACAUGCUCCUUAUAACUGCAGACCUACACUGUCAGAUGAUCACACUAUCUCAAUUAUUGUUGAUGCAGUUACUGAUAACAGACCAAAGACCUUUCUUUACCAGAGACACAUGGCUGAGAUGUCGUUUUUUUUCUUUUACCAUAAUAACUUUGAGAUUGUACUGUAUCACAAGGCCAGAUAGUACCCUGCAGUCAGCUAAAGAACUUUAUUUAUUAGAACAAUGCAUUACUUUGUGAACGAAAGAUAUCAUCAGUUUGUUGCUAAUGCAUUCUUUUGUUUUUAAUCCGUCAUAUUUCUCCUGAGGAAUCAGUCAAGGCUGGGGGCUUGGAAAGAACCUGGACAAUGUAAAGCUCCCUGGGGUGUAUGAAGUCAGUUUCAAAUGGUGGUAGCAGACCUCUUAAAGUUUGUAACCCCUCCCUGCUGAUUUCCUCCCUCUUGCUUUUUCUUGGUUCUGACCCAUAUCGCCCCUCCAUGUGUGACAGAGUGGACGUCUUGGUUCAACAUCGACCAUCCUGGAGGGAAUGGAGACUACGAGCGCCUGGAGGCAAUCCGUUUCUAUUACAGGGAGAGAGUUUGUGCGCGGCCAAUGGCCAUGGAGGCUCGCACUACAGACUGGGUGGCAGCGGCAGACACCGGCGAAGUGGUCCACUCCAGUCUGGAGAAGGGCUUCUGGUGCAUCAAUAAGGAACAGCCCCAAGGCCGCGUCUGCUCUAAUUACCAUGUCCGCUUUCAGUGUCCCCCAGUGCAGAGCUACUGGACUGACUGGAGUGAGUGGGGUCCCUGUUCAACCACGGUUUGUGACGACGUAGGCAUCCAGGUCCGCCAGAGGAAAUGUGUGAACACCCAGCCCAUGCCACUCCUGUUGGUGCCAGCAUGUCAGGGGCACCAUUCAGAAAGGAGGGAGUGCUCCACCCCUCCAUGUACAGCCAAGUGGAGUCCAUGGGGUCGGUGGGGGACGUGUUCAGUGACCUGUGGUGGAGGUCGCAGGAUUAGGAGGAGGACCUGUGUGAGGACCUCCGUGACAGUUCAGUGUAAUGGACGGCCUGUUGAAAUACAGAAGUGUGGGAAGAGUCCAUGCCCAGGUAUGCUGAGUCGACGCUGUAAAAGUAUUAUUUUUCUUUGUAUUGAUGUCUUUAUCAGUUUGUGCUCACGUCUCUGUGUCUUUCUCGCAACAGCCAAAUGUCAGCGCGUGUGCACCGAGGGCCAUCCCAGUGAGGACUGCAGCCGGUGUGUGUGUGAUGGCCACGUGCUGCAUGGAGAAGUCCACACUGUGACUGGUGUCCCGGUGGCAGGAGCUUGGGUGGCGCUGGCCAGCCAGCCUAAGGUGAUCCGUGCUCGUACAGAUGCCAAAGGUCAGUUCAGGCUCACAGGAGUCUGCUCCUCCAGCUCGACCUUGAUCUCCAUCAGGAAGGAGAAGUUUGCCCCGAUCGCUGUCUUCACCUCCAGUAACACCACAGGGUUGUCCUGGGUACGGGCUAUCCUUAAAUCAGCCGAAAAGCCAUACAUUGUGAAGCACCCGGAGGACAAAGUGCGUUAUGAAGGAGGACGGGUCCUGUUUUGCUGUAAGGCAACGGGAUCACCAGCACCUGACAAAUACUACUGGUACCACAAUGGGACUCUGCUGGACAGGAAGGUGUACAAGUAUGAAGAGGACCUUGUACUGCGGGACCUGAAGCCGGAGCAGUCAGGCCAGUACUACUGCAAAACCAGCAGCUCUGCAGGCAGCAUCAAGUCCUCUCCAGCCUUCCUAACUGUGAUUGCAAAAGGAACACCAGCAUGCAAUUCCACCCCUGAGACACACCUCAUCAGACUGCCGAUGGACUGUGUUCAACCCGGGACUGACUCCAAGUACUACAACGCUGGCCGCUGCACUCACAACAAAUGUGCUGGCUCCCUAGACUUUGAUAUGCGCUGCAGAGAUGGAGGUGGGUUCUGCUGUGGUGUCCAAGAUAUGGAAAGUCGAAUCAUUGACUGUGGAACCUACAGCCUCCCUAUCCGGGCUGUGACACAGUGCAGCUGUCAGAGGUGUGUGCAACCGACUGUGCUGGUUCGUGGUAGAGUGGUCACAGCUGACAAUGACGAGCCUCUUCGUUUUGGGCACAUCUACAUUGGUAAAGAGAGGGUGGGCACCACUGGAUACCAAGGAAGUUUCACAUUACAAAUUACUCCUGAUACACAGAGAUUAGUGGUAAAUUUUGUUGACCCCACUCAGAAGUUUCUUGACACUCCAAAGGUGUUCAUCUUUGAUAAGAAAGGUGGGUCCAUCUACCAUGAUGUGAAGGUGAUGAGAAAGCAGACACCAAUUGAUAUCAAUGCAGGAGAGACUAAUUCUAUUAACCUAGGGGAAAUUAAAGGGGAAGACCCCAUUGGUCAGUUGGUUAUUCCUCCCAACUCCUUCCACAAGGAUAAUGGAGAAAUCUAUGAGGGAACUGUGAAAGCCAGCGUCACAUUCAUUGACCCAAGAAAUAUCACCACGGCGGCUGCGGCCCCUGGUGAUCUCAACUUUGUGGACGAUGAGGGUGACAUGCUCCCUUUGAGGACCUAUGGCAUGUUCUCUGUGGACUUUAGAGAUGAGAGCAACAAGGAGAUACUGGGAGCCGGAGCGGUUCAAGUCCUUCUUGACACACAGCACGUCAAAAUGCAAGAGCACAUUCCCAAAAUGAAACUGUGGUCUUUAAACCCAGAUACAGGAGUCUGGGAAGAGGAGAGUGACUUCUCCUACACCACAACUACUGGUGGUCAUGGGCGGAGCAAACGAGAAGACCGCACAUUUCUUAUAGGCAACAUGGAGAUCAGAGAACGUAGGCUCUUCAAUUUAGACGUGCCUGAAAACAGACGCUGUUACGUCAAAGUCCGUGCCUACAUGAGUGACAAGUUCCUACCUAGUGAACAGCUAGAGGGUGUUGUGAUCAGCUUGAUAAACUUGGAACCCAAACCUGGUUAUUCCUCUAACCCUAGGGCAUGGGGGCGCUUUGACAGCGUCAUAACUGGACCCAACGGAGCCUGUUUACCAGCCUUCUGUGAUACCCAAAGGCCCGAUGCUUACACGGCUUAUGUCACAGCAAUGAUGGGUGGGGAAGAACUUGAGGCAGCUCCCUCCUCCCCCAAGAUGAAUCCAAACAUUAUUGGAGUGUCUCAGCCAUAUCUGGAUAAAAUAGACUACCAGCGCUCAGACCACGAGGAUCCAGCUCUGAAGAAAACAGCCUUCAGAAUCAACUUGGCAAAGCCUAACCAAAAUAAUCUUGAUGAGACCAAUGGGCCAAUAUAUCCGUAUCAGAAUUUAAUAGGUUGUGAAAAUGCCCCUGUUGAUGCAAAUCAUUUCAGAUUCUUCAGAGUGGAAAAGGACAAGUAUGAAUACAAUGUUGUUCCCUUUGAGGAGAAUGAUUUGACGACCUGGACGGGAGACUACCUCUCCUGGUGGCCUAAUCCCCAGGAGUUCAGAGCAUGCUUCAUUAAAGUCAAGAUCCAUGGACAGAAGGAAGUGAUGGUCAGGUCAAGGAAUCUGGGAGGAACACACCGAGAAACAAAAGGCAAAUUUUAUGGCAUAAGAGACAUUCGCAGCACCCGGGACAUGCGAGAGGCCAACACCUCAGCAGCCUGUGUAGAAUUCAAAUGCAGCGGCAUGUUGUUUGAUCAAGCUGAGGUGGAUAGAUCCCUCAUAUCAGUCCUUCCACAGGGGAACUGUCGCAGAAUUGGCACCAACAGCCUUCUACAAGAGUAUCUCAUCAAACAUCCACCAGUCGCUCAAAACAACGAGUCCCAUGCAUUCACCAUGCUAGCCCCUGUUGAUCCUUUGGGACACAACUAUGGCAUCUACACAGUCACAGACCAGAAUCCCAGGGUGGCCAAGGAGAUUGCUAUAGGGCGCUGCUUUGAUGGCACCUCAGAUGGAUUCUCCAGGGAAAUGAAGUCAGACUCUGGAGUGGCACUGACCUUCAGUUGUCCAGAGAGAAAAAUUAACAGGGAGAGCCUUUUCCAACGUCUGCAGACCAACCCAGGUCAGGCUCUGUCUCAGAUGGCGAGGGACAUGAGGGAGUCGGAGGGUCUGCAGGUACAGAGAUUAUCCACCCAGAUGGUGGCCUAUCCUUCAGAGCAGCGGGGCAGGACCCAGAGUCGCAGAGUCAGCUCUACAACCCGGAGGAGAGUGUCCAUGCGCACAGAGCAACGCCAAUAGAUGUGCCAAGAGGUCUUCGGUCAAGACUGAUAUGAUGGCAUUAAGACGAGGAAGUAAAAGUGGCCCGUCUGUUGAGUAUGAACUCCCUCCUGACUAUGGAAACCACAAAACAGAGGCAGACAGCAAUUCAGCAAAUUCAGAAUGUGAUUGAAGAUAUUCAUUAGACUUAUACUUACUUGAAGGGUUUGGUAUAUAAAUUUCUUCCUUCCCUCCUAAAAGACAUGCAUUAUUUGUCUAUAUGUAACACCGUGAAUUUUAUGUGUGAAUAGACUAAAUUGACGUGUGAGAAUGUAACUUUUAUUAUUUGUGGCAUUCCACUUUCCCCAAUGUGGUUGUUUUUUGCUGAUGUCUCUCAAUGCUUGAGUUGAAACCAAACCUUCAAAAACUAUAAAUACCAUGUCAGGCCCCAAACACUUCAUAAUUGGCCGUUGCUCUCCACUGAACUUCUUUUCGUGAUCAGAAAGAAACCAACUUGAGGCCCUUGUUGUCUGCAAUAGACACUGAGCCCUUUUUCUACAAACUGGGAAACUCUCUCCACCAAGGGGAGGCACACUAUAAAGAGACAUGUUGGGCAUGCCACCCAGGGAACAGAGGAUGUUUUCAGUCAUGCUUUUUAAUGUCUUUCAUUAGCAUGCCACAUUGCCAACUGUGAUUCAGCCAAAUGCCCUUCCAUACCUACUUAGAAUGUGCAAGACCAAGGCCUCCGCCAAGACAAGCAUGGAUCUCACUAGUGGCAGGCAGUCUAAAAUGAGAAUGGUUGAUUGUGAGGUAUGACAUAAUUUCCUUUUUUCCUCCAUUCCAAAUUAGCAUCACCAAACAAAAUGUUACUCAAAAUUAUAUAUUUCCAAAUACUUCACAUUCUCAGAAACCAUUACAGAGACUCAUUCAGGGUCUAAAUUGACUUUGUUUUUAUUGUUGGGUAAUGUGUUUGUCAGCUGCCUUUGUAUCUUGAAGUGCAAUAACUAUAUAAUUUAACUUAAGAAUUCUUAAAGAUCAGCGUGUAACAAACUAUUACAGUACAUAAAGAGUGCUGCUGGUGAAUGAAGCAACAACUCCUUCAGUGCGUGUGGCAGGUAGUGUGGUUAAGGUGUUUGUAUGAGAUCUUGCACAGGACUCGAUUUGAGUGAUUUUAAGCAAGUAAUUUAACUGCUAUGUCAUGUAAUCAUUCUUCAACUCUCUGAACUGCAUAGAACCUAUUAACCUUUUCAUACUUUGCUGCAUGACUCAGUUGAUUUUAUAAUUUGUACACCACAGUAAUCUUUUCAACUUCAGAGAGAAAUCUUGUGAGUGGGAGUUAAAACUCUCAGCGGAGCCUUCUCUUCAUUAACAAAACCCACUGCAUAAUUCUUACACAUGGGGGAAAUAAUUAAAAAAUGACACACAAAUGAAUUUACUGGCCAAGUUCUCAUAAAUCCUGCCAAAUAAAGGGGGGCAUGGAGAAACCAGGAGAGGCUGACAAGCAAUAUAAGCCUUCUGUUAAUUAGAAAAUAAUUUACAUAUUCCCUUGAGAACUAUUAAAACAGUUUGACCCUGACUUUCACAACAGCCAAACAAGUUAAUUUCCAGGAUACAAAGGAUGAAGUUAAGUAAUCAACAAUAUACUGGGCUAUGGUCAAACAUAUUUACCAUCAAAUUGUCACUGUACAGUUAACUCUUGAUCCAUUUAAGCCUGAUUACAUUUUUAUUCCUAAUGUGCAACAGGUUUGUUUAAUGUGUGCAAAUGUGAUGCCAAUGUGAAGUUGUAUGUAUAAGUGAAAACCUCAUAUUGUAACCUUACAUUUGUACUUGGCCCCACGUCGAACAACAAUCUCUUUCCAUUAUGCACCAUGAGCAGCACAAUCCAGAAAAACACUCAGUACAGAGUAAUAUAGGGUGACAACAUGUGGUACCUUCGCCAUUAUCACUGAUCUCUCUAAUCACAGGCCUGUGGGCCGUCUGCGACUGAAAAGAUCUCCAGAUGAAAACAAACAUCUCCCUGCAGCACAUGUAGCAUCCACCCUGUAAGAAAGAUGAUGAUUGAAUCCAGGUGUGGGAAGAGAUAAGUCUUAAAAUAUAAAAUGCGACUUAAAAAUGCAAUGGUGUGUGAGGUCAGCUGAGGAGGCCCAACAGCUGUAGAGCAACUGGAGGAAAUGUUAGACCAAAGACAUCAAGAGAAAGAGGAGCGAGAUUAUCUAGUGAUGGAUUUAAUCAUUUUGGGGUACUGUUUGGUAAAUGGAAAAAAGCAAGGGAAAAUAUUAGUGGUCUUUGGCCUCACAGUCCAUCACUUACAGAAUAUCAGGCUUCAAAAGUGGUUGCACAUGGAAGAAUGCAGGUUUUGGAGGAGAAUGCUUUGACAGGAGAAUUGGCUUAUUCAUAAGAAGUUAUCAGGGGAGUUUGAAGUACAAGGUAACAAUAAUAGGCUGAGUAAACCAUUAUAUAAGGCUUUGCAUGGGAAAGUAAGCUGGGUUCUCCAAACAGUUAUUUUGUCUUCUUGGGAACUUCAAAGGAGAUUAAAGAACCUCUGCAAUAUUUAUUUAAUUAAUAAAAUGUUUCCAAAGACUUCAGAAUCAAAUAAAGGGAGUUUAAGCCUGAAUCCAACAGAUAAAACACAUAGUAAAGAAAAUGUUUAUCUCAGUGAAUCUCAGUGGGAAUGGCAGUAGUUGUAGCAACCUUUUCAUUUUACAGGGGUUCAAUGUUAAUAUCACAAAUAUGGCUUAAUGGAGAUUUAUGUAUUUUUGUUUUACAUAUUUAAAGGAAUAGUUCAACAUUUCUGUCCGUUAAAUAUUAGACUACAGCCAGUAGCCUGUUAUCUUAGCUUAGCAUAAAGACUGGAAACAGGGGAAAUAGCUAGCCUGGAUCUCCUGGAAACUCCACUGGUAACAUGGCAAGUUCACAGUAACGUCAGGACUCCAGGAAGUCACUGUGCAAAGCAAAGAAAUAAUCUGUCACAAUUUGUCGUUUUUUACACUUCCGUGUUAGCACAGAUAAAACAAACAAGAUAUAACAUGUUCAUUAGUGUGCUUUAAAGGUGCUGGUAUUUGCGAAUUUUGUUACCUUUGGACAGAGCCAGGCUAGCUGUUUUUAGUUAUCUUUAUACUAAACUAAGCUAACUGGCUGCUAGCUGUAGCUUCAUAUAAACCGUACAGACACGAGAAUGGUAUCGAUUUUCUCAUCUAACUCUUGACAAGAAAACAAACAAGCGCAUUUCCGAAAAUGUCAAACUAAUCCUUCAAUGAAUACUUUAUACUAUUGUUACAGUUGUAGCCUUAUUGAAGUCUUGAUUGCUUGUCAAUUAGUAUUUUCAAGGGUCUUUUCUUCGCCUUAGACUUACUGGCUAAACUUUUGAUGUUUUUUUUUUACAAUUAAAAAUUUAAAAAGGAAUCUGUGAAGUUAUUAACUUUGGAAAUACUUAAUAUGAUUUUGCCUCUUUGUCACAUAAUUUCAGUGGGUGCGUGUAAUCCUAACUGGCACUAUUUAACUUUGUGCAGAAAAGCACAAGACUCUCAGUCCACCAGAAACCACCAAUAAUUUAACAGUAACUUCAUCCAUUUUCUCUUCUAUACAGUCCAGCUGGUCUUAAGGAUAAUUUAUUCAGGAGGUCAUCCUUGAACCUUUCCACCACUUUCUGGAGUAUACGAAGAGAUUUGCCACUGUGAGCUCCGGUAACAGAAAUGACAUAAAUUAACUCCUAAUAAUACUACGCUUAACUAUUGCAUGGUGAUGCCAAUCUCGUUUCUCUCUGAAUUAAGUUUUACGUGUAAAUUCUGUAUUGUAUGAAAUCUACUAUAACUAAGAACAUGAAACUGUAAAUAAAUGAUUUUGUGUAAACUUU